UAACUUCCGAGUUUGAAAGUACAAUUCAAAGUAUUUGGAGAGCUCACUCUAUCUCAAAUGGAUUAUGAACCUCCAUUUCUAGAGUUCUACAAGCCCCUCCUUCUACAAGGCUCGCACCGCGUUGAUGUUGGCAUCAGUGGCGGUGCCAUAAGAAAUGACAAAUCCGAGUGGUGUGAACUUCCUCUGAUUGAUCUUGGCCGAUUAAGUCUCGGCGGCGGCGGCGAGAAGGAGGAGUGCAUGAGAGAAAUCAGUGAAGCCGCCAGAACGUGGGGUUUUUUCCAGGUUGUGAAUCAUGGUGUUUCACAAGAGCUUCUGCAGAGUUUACGGCAUCAGCAAGUUGAAGUGUUCCGAACCCCUUUUGCAAGAAAGUCCCAAGAGAGUUUCUUCAACUUACCUGCCAGAAGUUACAGGUGGGGCAACCCAUCUGCCACGAACUUGAGGCAAAUUUCAUGGUCAGAAGCCUUCCACAUGUUUCUUCCAGAUAUAGCUAGAAUGGACCAGCACCAAAGCCUGAGAUCAACUAUUGAAGCUUUUGCAUCUGUAGUAGCCCCCCUGGCAGAAAACUUAAUGCAAAUUCUAGCUCAGAAACUGAACAUCAAAUUCAACUAUUUCCAAGAGAAUUGUUCAGCAAACACUAGCUUUCUUCGGCUGAACAGAUAUCCACCAUGUCCAAUAUUCUAUUCAAGGGUGUUUGGCCUCUUAUCUCACACUGACUCUAGUUUCCUCACUAUAGUGAACCAAGACCAGAUUGGGGGUUUGCAAAUAAUGAAAGAUGGAAAUUGGGUUGGUGUCAAACCUAACCCCCAAGCUCUGGUUGUUAAUAUUGGUGAUUUAUUCCAGGCACUAAGCAAUGACAUUUACAUAAGUGCUAAGCACCGGGUGGUGGCAGCUGAGAAGGUAGAGAGGUUCUCUGUGGCAUAUUUCUAUAACCCUUCCAAAGAUGCAUUGAUAGAGAGCCACAUCAUGCCACCAAUGUACAGGAAGUUUACUUUUGGAGAGUACAGAGGGCAGAUAGAGAAAGAUGUUAAGGAAACAGGUGAUAAAGUGGGGCUCUCUAGGUUUCUCUUGUAGAAACAUAGCAACUAUGACACCCCAAAAAAAAAAAUAUUGAGCAAAAGUAUUAAUUAUUAUAAUUCAAACGUUGCUGUGUGAGUCAGUCACAUCUCCGGAAUCAGGACCACAUAGCAGCCUAGAAAGUUGUCCACUCCCGAUCACAAUUCGACAGAAUAAGUUGAUGUUUCUUCCCAGGUUUAAUAAUCACAUUUUGAGUUUAUAAUUCUGUACUUUUUGUUCCAA